AUGGAAUGGAGUAGGUCUAGAGAGAGAGAGAAGAUUAAAAAAUAAAGAGAGAAAGAGGAAACAAAAAAGGAAAAACACUACAAGUUAUAAAAAGAUGAGAUAUUCAAUUAAAGAUAUUUAUUUGUGUAGGCCAUUUCAGAUGGAACAUUUGGAAGAGUAGUAAGAGUGUUUGAUGGAGGAGAGAAUGAUUUCAAGGCCAUAAAGAUCAUUAAAUCAGUUAAGAGACAUAUUCAAAGUGCCAAAAUUGAAUAUGGAAUACUGAGAACCAUUCAUUAACAAAAUCAAUAUCAUCCAGGAAAUGAGAAGAUUGUAAGAGCAUACGAAGCAUUUAGUCAUAAGGAUAAUUAUUGUAUAGUUUUUGAGGAUGUAAGAUUUGCAUAGUAAUUUUUAGCUUGGAUUAUCUUUGUAUGAUUUUAUGCGAGGAAAAUAUUUCGGAGGAUUUGAAUUGAAAGCCGUUUAAGAAAUAUUAUAUGAUUGUCUUUAAGGUUUAGAUUUUAUGCAUACAAGUGGAUACACUCAUACAGAUCUUAAACCUGAGAACAUNUUAUCAGAAUCAUUUUAAAAAUUACUAAAUUUCUUAUAAAAUCAAAUAAUUGUAUAAUUUAUAUGA